AUGGAUAAUUUUUUCACUUUUGACUUUUUCCAAUCUGGACUCGCCGCUGACGGUACCAUGAUAUUACCAGAGAAUGGACUAUCGUUAUCCUUUGCUCCUAACAGCAACACAGGAUCUUCAAGUACUGGUCCCCACAAUAUACCAUUCCUCUCAAGCGAUCUCGAUCUCCUUAUUGAACCAGUAGUUCAUGCCGAAUCGUCUUUCUGCACUUCCCCAGGUUUGGGUCGAUUAAACACUACACUAUUCACCGAGUCGCAUGUAGGAGUCACUCCUAAUAUCGACUCCUACUCAUUCUCUUCCAACACAACCACUCAAAACCGUGCGCAACAAGCAUCAACAUCGUCACACACCUUUAAUCCCCCACCAUAUCCCACCGGUUUUCAAGGUUUUGAAGACAUUGACUCCUCGUCUUGGUCGUCUCACAAUUUCUUUCCCCAAAUCAGCACAGAAUACGUGCCGACUGCCAAUCCACGCAGCGCCUUUCCCGAAUGUAUCAUUCAAACACCCACAGCAACUUCUGGGGCGACUUACCCACCAACCAUUGAUCAGGCGUCAUCGAGCAGACACCAAUCACAGUUGCUCACAAACUAUGGCGAAUAUACAUCCGCGGACGUGGCUGAUGGCUAUCCAUCAACGUCUUCCACGGGGAAUGCCCCUACAAGUGUGCAAUGUGAUCGAUACGCCAAUAUCGUUCACGGUGGAAUCUGGUACGCCGACACAGACCCAUCCGCACAGGUGGCGAAAACCCUGACGAGGGUAGACAACAAAGAUAACAAACGAAAACAACAGUUGAUUCCAACGCUUGAAAGCGUUGAACAACUGGUGCCGUAUUUUCACCCUGGGAGCCAUACGAGCCUCCCAGGAAGUUCGAGCAGCAGUUUCCACUCCUAUAUCGGAGAAGAGGAAACACAUAUUGGAGGAUCCACGCAGUGGACAUUGAACCGCGAAGCGGGCUCCGGGGGCGACCCCGUUGAGCCUUUCGCCGGGCCCACACACAGAGAUGGAGGGAUGAAAAGCCAUCGCUCUAUCACGCACAAUGGCGACAGGAAAGUCGCGAGCGCUUCCACAUAUUCUCGGAAGCGAAGAUUGUUGACGGUUGACAACGAUGAGUAUGCACAACGCACCUUUCAUUGUUCUUCUCAAUAUCUAAAUUCCAUCUCCUCCCUUCUCACACUGUUCCAGCAGCCAAUCCUCGCCCGCCGCGAAACGUCCCCGAAGAAGGUUGCCACGGGACGACCAAAAGGCAGGUGA